AAAUUCUGAAUUGAGACCGCUUUUCUUUCAUAUCACAGAAGCCCCGAUCAAAGACAGAUUUACAACUGGAAAGUUGAAUUUCAAGAAGUAAUUUAAGAUGCAAAUCUUUGUGAAAACUUUAACUGGCAAAACUAUUACUUUAGAAGUAGAAGCUGCCGAUACUAUUGAGAAUGUUAAAGCAAAGAUUCAAGAUAAAGAGGGUAUUCCGCCAGAUCAACAACGUUUAAUCUUUGCUGGCAAGCAGUUAGAAGAUGGUAGAACAUUAAGUGAUUACAACAUUCAAAAAGAAUCCACCCUUCAUCUUGUUCUUCGAUUAAGAGGAGGUAUGCAAAUAUUUGUGAAAACCCUUACUGGUAAAACCAUCACGUUAGAGGUUGAACCUGCUGAUACGAUUGACAACGUAAAAGCUAAAAUUCAAGACAAGGAAGGUAUUCCACCAGACCAACAGCGUUUAAUUUUUGCUGGUAAGCAAUUAGAAGAUGGUAGAACAUUAAGUGAUUACAACAUUCAAAAAGAAUCCACCCUUCAUCUUGUUCUUCGAUUAAGAGGAGGUAUGCAAAUAUUUGUGAAAACCCUUACUGGUAAAACCAUCACGUUAGAGGUUGAACCUGCUGAUACGAUUGACAACGUAAAAGCUAAAAUUCAAGACAAAGAAGGUAUUCCACCAGAUCAACAGCGUUUAAUUUUUGCUGGUAAGCAAUUAGAAGAUGGUAGAACAUUAAGUGACUACAAUAUUCAAAAAGAAUCCACCCUUCAUCUUGUUCUUCGAUUAAGAGGAGGUAUGCAAAUAUUUGUAAAAACCCUUACUGGUAAAACCAUCACUUUAGAGGUUGAACCUGCUGAUACGAUUGACAACGUAAAAGCUAAAAUUCAAGACAAAGAAGGUAUUCCACCAGAUCAACAGCGUUUAAUUUUUGCUGGUAAGCAAUUAGAAGAUGGUAGAACAUUAAGUGACUACAAUAUUCAAAAAGAAUCCACCCUUCAUCUUGUUCUUCGAUUAAGAGGAGGUAUGCAAAUAUUUGUAAAAACCCUUACUGGUAAAACCAUCACUUUAGAGGUUGAACCUGCUGAUACGAUUGACAACGUAAAAGCUAAAAUUCAAGACAAGGAAGGUAUUCCACCAGACCAGCAGCGUUUAAUUUUUGCUGGUAAGCAAUUAGAGGAUGGGAGAACUCUCAGUGACUACAACAUUCAAAAAGAAUCUACCCUUCAUCUUGUCCUUCGAUUGAGAGGUGGCUGAAUAUAUGUGUAGUUUUUUUUUUUUUUUUUUUUAAAUAUAUAAUGUAAAGUUAAGUAUUUUUAAUUAUUUUAAAAUAUGUGGAAAUAAGGAAACAGUAUUGUAAAAUAAUUAUUAUAAAUAAAAAUAUAAAAGUUUGUAUUUUAUAUUGUGUUUUUUGGAACAAUAGUAUCUCCAUAUUA